CUGCAGCCACCCAGCGGUGGUCCUUGGUUCCAAGAUGACAAAGAAAAGAAGGAGCAACGGCCGUGCGAAAAAGGGCCGCGGCCACAUGCAGCCUAUUCGCUGCACUAACUGCGCUCGCUGCGUGCCCAAGGACAAGGCCAUUAAGAAGUUCGUAAUCCGCAACAUAGUGGAGGCCGCGGCCGUCAGGGACAUAUCCGAAGCGAGCGUUUUCGAUGCCCGUGUGCUUCCCAAGCUGUGUGUGAAGCUGCAUUAUUGUGUGAGUUGCGCCAUUCACAGCAAGGUGGUCAGGAAUAGAUCUCGUGAAGCCCGCAAGGACCGGACGCCACCUCCGCGAUUUAGACCAGCGGGUGGUGGAAAGGGGAAGUCAGCGUCGAAUUCUCUUCACUCUGCUCUUGAGGUCUGGGGAUCCCAUGACUACCUACGAGUCCUUUUUAGACGAGAGUUUCCAGGUAGGAAGUGCCCCAGUGAAGAAACAGCAGGCAUCUCCUUGGCCGAGAACAUUAACAAGAACGUCAGCAUUACCUGGAAGCUUCUUAGAAAUGGGGAAGCCUUGACCUGCUAAAUUCAGGUGUUCCAG